AUGAAUGCGUGGGGUGCUCCCACUCAGGGGGCCUGGGCCGCCCAGGUCGAUGAGGAGGAGAAAGCCAACGGGGGAACGCUUGAUGCUCCGAAGGAGCCUGUCAUCACCUUUGGCCAGGACAAGGCAUUUCCCACCCUUGGAGAGGCUGUCAAGAAGAAGGAGAGCAAGAAGGACAAGAAGAAGCCCCAGAAAAUGAACCUGGCUGACUUUCAGUCCAAUUACAAGCCGCCCUCAGCCAGCAGGCGCCCCACAGUGAGCGACGAUCAGCUCAAGAUGUCGCUGCCAACAGCACCCCGUGCCAGGGACAGUGAUGAGCCCUCUGCUGGAUUGGGAGGUGCCUUCCGAGACUACGGAGGCGGAGACCGUGGUGACGGUGACAGGGGAAGGGACAGGGGGAGCUUUUUUGGGCGGCGAGACAGGGAUGGCGACAGCCAGGAUGGCAGCGAAGGCGCUUUUGGGGACGAGCCUUCCAGGGCAGACGCAGUGGACGACUGGGGCGCCUCGCGCAAGUUUGUGCCCUCGUCCAGCGGCGGAGGCUCCGGCGGGUUUGGCAGCGGCGGCUUCGGCUCACGCAGGGAGGACCGCGACGAGCCAGCAGGGGAGGACGGCCCCUCAAGGGCGGACACCACAGAUGACUGGGGCGCAAGCCGCAAGUUCACGCCAACCUCAGCGGGUGGCUCGGGGGGCUUCGACGACAAGUCCUCCUCGCGCGGCUUCGCCAGCUCCCGGCGCGGCGACGACGACUUCGAGGGCGGCCCCUCGCGCGCGGAUACCGAGUCGCGCUGGGGCAAGAAGAUUGCGCCCUCCUCGGGCGUUUCCAGCGGCAGCAGCGGCGGCGGGUACGAGGACCGGCCCAGCAGGGACCGGGACUCAGAGGAGACCUGGGGCGCGCGGCGCGGCGUCGAUGCCGGCGCCGACGCGCCCUCGGCCGGCGGCCGGCCGCGCCUGAAGCUGGCGCCGCGCACCAAGCCGCUGCCGGUGCUGGAGAUCCCGCCCGAGGCCAAGCUGCCGGAGAAGAAAGAGCCCGAGCCGGAGCCGCUGCCGGUGGUCACGGGACCACCAAAGCCCAAGGCCAACCCCUUCGGCGCCGCACGGCCGCGUGAGGAGGUGCUCAAGGAGCAGGGCCGGGACUGGAAGAAGGAGGAGGCUGCGCUGGGAACCAAGGACACCAAUGACAGGUGGACAGAGAAGACGACCGGAACCAGCGAUAUCACAGAGGGCCUGGAGAAACUGCCCCAGGAAGUUGCAUCGGCGCUGGCGACGGCAGACACAGAGCAGGCGGAAGCUGCGGCCCCUGACAGUGGAUCUGCCCCCGCUGCGACAGAGCCGGCAGCUGCUGAAGAGGGCUCUGUUGACAAGUCUGCUGAGGAGAAGGUCGAAGAGGCUGGUGCAGAGACCGCAGAGUAAGUGCGAGCAUCGUCCACUGGGGGCCAAAAGCACCAGAUUCUAGGAGUUGUAUGCGGCAGAAUAUAGCGACAAAUGUUGCAGCAUCUUCUUGUAGUUGUGCAACUGCUUGUGCAUAUACAAAGCAGUAGGUAGUUGUUAAUAUCGCUUGCUCUAUGUGCUUGUCAAUAAGCUUGUAGUGACUGCCGUGUUUGAAUAGCUAGGAGCCAGACUGUUGUAUCGUGUGGUGCUUUUGUAGAGAGGGAGUCCACUCUUGGAAAGCGCACAGUUGGAAACAUUUGGCGCGGUCAGGAUCACAUGUUUAGUGGCAUAAGGUCUUAGCUGUGCACGGCCUGCAGGCAGUACUGAAACUCAUGUCCUGCUACUAGCUUGUAUGUGACCGGAUCCGGAAGGAUCUCAGGAAAUCCUGUAAUGAUCGUAUUCACGCCUUG